AUGACUUCACGACCGCCCGUGGAACAAAAGCUGCCUAGAUUUGAGCCCGUUGCUGUUGCAAUAGAUACUAAUGUCGAUAUUGUCGCUGUUCCACCUGUUGGUGCGCAUCAUAGAAAGAUAUGGACAGAACACGGUGCUCGAUCAUCCUGGCUAGAUACGCAUCUACUGCAACAUAUACCCAAAGCACGAGUACUCCUGUAUAGCUACGGAGAGCUCGGGGAUGAUAAAAUCGAUACGUUAGGUCAACGAUUAUUGAACCAACUACUGAGUGAGAGGAAGCAUCAUCCACCCCGACGUCCUAUAUUCUUCUUCUGUCAUAGUACUGGAGGUCUCGUUGUCAAAGCAGCCCUGGCCCUAGCAUCGCGGGCCGAGCCGAACCAGUCCAUUCUAUCCAGCUGCCAUGGGAUCGCUUUCUUUGCCACUCCUCACCAAGGUUCAACUUAUCUCUCGGCAGAUGAGUAUGCUGCUAGCAUUCGCCAUCUGUUGCACCUGGAGCGUGAGACUCCUGCCGCGCUCAGAAAGCAAUUCCGUCCUCGCCAGGAGCGACUAUGGCAUCUAUCUAAUCAGUUCAAGACUCUUUCCGCAGACAUGAGAAUAUGGUCUUUCCUAGAGACCGUUGACUCAACUAUGCAUGUGAUUGACGCCGAAACAAACAACCUCUUGGAGUUUCAUGUCCCAAUUACUUCGAUUCGCUCGGGAUUACUCGACAUUGAACACGAACGAGAACUGCCUAUGGCAACGGACCACGCGGGAACUGCAACCUUUCACGGUCAGGACUCAACACGCGAGAAAUUUUUGAACGAACUACAUGAUGCCGUUGGUAUUGCUGUUGAAUUAUCAAAACGCGAAGAUACGCCCUUGGGCGUGGAGCAGAAAGUCAUGGUGCAAAUCAAUGGCUUUUUCGAGGACACCGCACUAGGUGUUAGCGACGAAAGUCCUUUGAAGCUGUGGUCAACUAAAGUGACUUUAGAAGAUUACCUCGCUCGGGGAGCGCCGACGUGCCUUCGAGAGAGACUGGGACGAACCCAGCCUAGUGGCUUGGACGAUUCAUCGAUUAGCAGUUUUGAUAGCCCACGUUCUUCUUACAUCGCCUCUCAUCCAGAUCCUGACGACCAUCAUGAAGUGCCUGUUCCAGAGAAGCCACGGCCUUUGCGACCUCCUUUGCCAUACCGUCCCAGCUUCGAAGAUGCAUCCGGUCCGUCUCCACGGAUUCACAUCACUGAAGCAGAUAUGGAUGGAUACUUCAAUAGCCCGCCAAGUGAAAGCCCACCGCCACCGCAGGAGGAGAAAAAAAGUAUUCAAUUUCGAAAGCCCUAG